CAACAAUCUAAGUUUCAAGGAAACUUAUAUUGCAAAAUUGACUGAAUAUGGCUGAAGCAUUAGCCGAAGGACAAGUUCAUGGUUACAGUGAUAAUGACACCACUGACACAUGUCACUUACGUAUAGUUAUACUAAAUGGACAGUCACUAGCCAAAAAGGAUAUAUUUGGAGCAAGUGAUCCCUAUGUCAGAAUAGAUUUGAAUACAAUAAAUGGUGACAUUAAUAUAGAUUCAGUUUUAACCAAAACUAAAAAGAAGACUCUAAAUCCAACAUGGAAUGAAGAAUUUGUAUUUCGGGUUAAACCCACAGAACAUAAAUUAGUUUUUCAAGUAUUCGACGAGAAUCGUCUAACACGAGACGAUUUCCUUGGCAUGGUGGAACUGACAUUGGUUAAUCUGCCAACAGAACAAGAGGGUCGCACGAUAGCACCCCAAAGUUAUCCUUUGAGGCCUAGAAGCGCCAAAUCCCGCAUCAAAGGAACCUUGGAAAUCUAUCAUGCAUUUAUACAUGAGCAAAGGGAAACGGUUGAACCGGAUACCAGUACAGGUGAUUGGGAACAUGUAGAAAAUGUUUCAACGACAGGAGCAGCACCGAAUGCUUUUGUUGCCAAUGGUGGGGGAAAUCAUCAUGAUCCAUUACCACCCGGUUGGGAAGAACGCCAGGAUGCCAAUGGUCGAACGUAUUAUGUAAAUCACACCGCUCGUACAACACAAUGGGAAAGGCCUACAAAUUUAAAUACCAAUCAUGCUAACAUAAAUAUGGAAGCAGCAGCUUCAGAUUUCCAAAGACGAUUUCACAUUAGUGUGGAUGAUUCAGAGACAAAUCGUUCAAACAAUGAAGAUGGCGAUCAAACAGAUAGUGGAAAUCGUUCACAAACGUCGGCAUCAUCGACACGACGAAAUUCCGUUGAGGACAAUAAUGCAGCUACAACAGAACCGGCUGCUUCCAAUACAGAUGAAGAGCCUUUGCCGCCACGAUGGUCCAUGCAGGUGGCACCCAAUGGUCGUACCUUCUUUAUAGAUCAUGCCUCCAGGCGUACAACAUGGAUAGAUCCACGUAAUGGUCGGGCCAGUCCAAUGCCAAAUCAAACACGACGUGUCGAAGAUGAUUUGGGACCACUACCCGAAGGCUGGGAGGAACGUGUACAUACCGAUGGUCGUGUAUUUUAUAUCGAUCAUAAUACCAGAACAACACAAUGGGAAGAUCCCCGUCUUUCAAAUCCCAACAUUGCUGGUCAAGCUGUACCCUAUUCCAGGGAUUACAAACAAAAAUAUGAAUACUUUAAGAAUCAUCUUAGGAGACCUACAAAUGUACCAAACAAAUUUGAAAUUCGUGUUCGUCGUACAUCAAUAUUAGAAGAUUCUUAUAGAAUUAUCAGCCAAGUAACCAAAACGGAUUUAUUGAAAACCAAAUUAUGGGUGGAAUUUGAAGGAGAAACGGGUUUGGAUUAUGGUGGUUUGGCCAGAGAAUGGUUCUAUUUGUUAUCCAAAGAAAUGUUCAAUCCCUACUAUGGUCUAUUCGAGUACUCAGCCAUGGACAAUUAUACUCUGCAAAUCAAUAAUGGCAGUGGUCUAUGUAAUGAGGAUCAUUUGCACUAUUUCAAAUUCAUUGGUCGCAUUGCCGGUAUGGCUGUGUAUCAUGGUAAACUAUUGGAUGCCUUCUUUAUACGUCCCUUCUAUAAAAUGAUGUUGGAGAAACCUAUUGAUCUCAAGGAUAUGGAGUCAGUAGAUACGGAAUAUUAUAAUUCCCUAAUGUGGAUUAAGGAGAAUGAUCCCCGCCAACUGGAGCUGACAUUCUGUGUGGAUGAAGACACAUUCGGUCAGAAGAGUCAACAUGAAUUGAAACCGGGUGGGGCCAAUAUUGAGGUCACCGAUGAAAAUAAAGAUGAAUAUAUUAAGCUGGUGAUCGAGUGGCGCUUUGUGGCCCGUGUCAAGGAACAAAUGUCAGCCUUCUUGCAGGGCUUUGGUUCAAUAAUUCCCCUGAAUUUAAUUAAAAUCUUUGAUGAACAUGAACUGGAAUUGUUGAUGUGCGGCAUACAGAACAUUGAUGUUAAGGAUUGGCGGGAGAACACCCUGUACAAGGGUGACUAUCAUCAGAAUCACAUAAUUAUUCAAUGGUUCUGGCGUGCCGUUCUCUCAUUCCCCAAUGAAAUGCGUUCGCGUUUGUUGCAAUUUGUAACGGGCACAUCGCGUGUUCCCAUGAAUGGUUUCAAGGAAUUGUACGGGUCAAAUGGGCCACAAAUGUUUACCAUUGAAAAGUGGGGUACACCCAACAACUAUCCCAGGGCGCAUACAUGCUUUAAUCGUUUAGAUUUACCACCCUAUGAGGGUUAUUUACAAUUAAAGGAUAAACUAAUCAAAGCCAUUGAAGGCAGUCAGGGUUUUGCCGGUGUCGAUUAAAAAACAAAACAAACA